CAAAAGUCAAUACUUUAAAUUGAUGAGCAUUUUGCUGAUCAUUUUUCAGCAAUCAUUUACAACUAUCUAUUGUGAUAAUCCUAAUUUUCCACUAAAAGUGACAAUGAGAAGCCGUUCCAGUGGUAGUGUUGAUUGCUCACCUCUUACCGGCAACAAACAUCCGUAUAAUCGAAAACCUCUCCUGUGCCGGCUGUGUUUGCGGGUUCUCGCGAAGGAAGACCUACUGGAAAUAUUCACCGAAAACAAUAACUUACAGAAAGAAAUCCGAGCUGCGGUCUCCGUUGAGGUAAACCGAGAUGAUCGUUCAAUUCGUGUGUGCCAGUCCUGCUUGGAUUUGGUGUACACGAUCAACGCUUUUCGAACGGUUUGUGAAAAAUCGGCAAUACUCUUAUCGCAAGAAGUACAAAUUCCAAGCGGUACAUUUUGGGCGGAGCAAUCGGAUCAGAACGUAUUCACGAAAUGUCGUACCCUGGUUGAACACUGCAAGACUGAAAUAGAGAAUCGUUUCCUGGAGAAACUGGAGAUUUGCUGCGAUGAUACGAAUGAUUCGUUUGAGGAAUCGAUUACUUUCCCGGUUGAGUUCAGUCCAGCUGUAGACGUUGAUAUUAAGUCAAUAAAGGAUGACCUACCCGUUAAAAUAGAGGCUCUAAACCUUGACAUACUUUCUGAUGUGGACGAUGAUGAUAUUGGGUUAGUUAUUGAUAAUACCUGUUCUCGAAAGCUGGAAUAUGAAAGUGAGAUAGAGUUUAUUGGCUUUAGCGAACAAGAAUCGGAAGCUGAAAACACGGAUAGUGACCCUGAUUUUGUAAUAAAGCCGAAACGGUCAAAGCAAAAUUCCAGUAAUCCACCGAGGCGUCGGGGAAAACCAAGCCUUACUGAUGAAAUGUUGAAACGUAGAAUGCGUAUACUGGGGGAACAAAAGAGAAAACCGGGUCCCAAAACCCGCGUCAAGCCGCCAGCGGAAUCGGAAUGUGAAAUUCAGGAGUGUGAAUCGCGAGAAUCAAGAACGACGUCGAAAUAAUCACCUGGGCCACGGGGCGUACCCCGCUAGCUUUUCCGAGCACCAUACGAAUAAAGAAAUAAAGUUUUAGCAGAUCAACAAUUGUAA